AUGCUUACAAUACAUAUGAUGGUGGCUCUCCUAGUUGUUUUGGUCAACUGCACCAUUCUUUUCGUCGUAUUGAAGUUUUAUCCGCCUAAUACUCGAUUCGUGGGAACAUUCAUGUUCGACAAUUGCAAAUUGAUUAGUGCAAUCAAUAGUGCUUUGCAUAUGGGUUUGAACAUGAUCUCAACCUUCUUCCUCGGGGCUGGGAAUUUCUGUAUGCAGAUCCUGGUUGCCCCAUCGAGGAAGGAAAUUGAUAAAGCUCACUCGAAGGGCAUCUCACUCGAGAUUGGAGUUCCUAGCAUCAAAAAUUUGCCACAUAUUCGACGGCGUAGGAGAGUGUUGUGGGGACUUCUCGGCCUCAUGUCGUCUUUGCUGCAUUUAUUCUGGAACUCCGUCAUUUUCACAUCUAUACCAAUUACCGCCAUUCCCCGUGCAAUAGCCACAAACGAUUUUCUUGUUGUGAGAGAUAAUUGGACCACCUCCGAUCCUCUAGGUCACUUCUCAUGGUGGAAGGCUGCCCCCGGAUACGGAGAUGCGGCACUCAAUAAAUCUCUAAUAUAUUCCUUGGAAACCUCGGCACCUACGUUUACGCGUCUCAAUACGCAGGAUUGUAUAGCGCGGUCUAUUGAUCCUCUUAAUGCAACCAGCAGUCUUAUUGUAGUUGCUAGAAACAUAUCUUCUCAGAUGAACAAUGGUUCGUCAUUGAUUGAUGGCUGGGUCUCGACUUGGCAACCGUGGACAUGGUCAACCUCUUGGAUAUGCUCUGCAGUCUCAUCAAGCAAGUAUUGCAAUGCAGAAUUCGCUUCUACAUUUGCAGACCACUGGGAAAUUACAUCACCCGGUGUACAUAUAGUAGAGGUGGAUUACUGCUUAGCGAGCGAUGAGGCUGAUAACGAGCAGAGGUGCGGUUUACAUUACAGCGCACUGAUUUUGGCGUUUGUUUGUUUUUUUACCUUUCUAUCGAGCCUAUUCACCGCCUUCACUUGGCUACAGUAUCGCCGUGAAGUAAAAAGUCCGGAGAACAAGGAGCACGCAAAAACGAUGGUAACUAUGGGAGAUUUGGUGCACAGUUUUUUGAGUGAACCAUCAAACUUGACCCGCGACGAAAGCAACCGGGUGACACCCAAGUCAAGCUUUGUCGAAAUGAAGCUGGGAAAGUGGCAACCUAGAAAGAGUGUCGCCUGGUAUAAAGCCAUUAAUCGCUGGGUUCUGGCUCUUUCGGGCCUUAGUUUCUUCGUGGGCUUGCUAGUUCCCGCUAUACCUCUUGCAUUCUCGUUCGAACAUUUGAGAAGUGUCGGACUUGAUAUGAGCUUUACUGGCGUCUGGAAACAAGGUUUCAAGGUUCAGGGAGCGGCUACCACGACACAAUUGGGCCAUUCGGAUUCUGUUGGCACCAGCUGGUCUAACAUUCUCGCGAAUAUUUCCAUUGCCAAUAGCCCACAACUUAUGAUCAGCGUCCUUUACCUGUUUUAUAAUAACAUACUUACAAGACAGUUGAUUGCGGACGAAUGGAUACGAUUUCUAAGAAAGGACGGGAAGAAACCCUUGCGCGUAUCAUCACCUAUUGGGAUGCAACGAUCAUCCUACUUCCUUUCUCUACCGUGGAAAUACUCUGGCCCCCUCAUGGUAUCUACCAUACUCCUGCACUGGUUGAUAUCUCAAAGUAUUUUCCUUGUUCAGUCCAGUGCUUUCGGCCCAGGUGCCAAGGGGGUGAGAUUGCCAGAGUACGAUAUCUCUGCCCGAGGUUAUUCUCCUUUUGGGGCAAUACUCGCUAUUGCCUUUGGUGGGUUAUUAGUAUUGGCUAUUAUGGUGAAUUCCAUUUGGAGACGUUAUAGGAAUAUUCCACCAGGUUUUCAACUGAUGGGCUUCAAUAGCAGCGCCAUCAGGGCGAUGUGCGAGCGACCAGAGAACGAUUCAGAUGCCCAUCUGUUCCCGAUAAGUAUAGGAAUAAUGUGUGAUAAGCGAGAUGGAACACCAGGAAGUGCAAACAGAUUGGGGUUCUCAACGGAUAUCGAUCUAAUUCAACCUCCUAAAUCAGAUACAGAAUAUUUGAUACCGGUAUUUGCUGGUUCAAAGGAUAAGAGACUGUUUUUUUAUUAA